AUGGCAACUACGAGUACUUCUCAGUGCUUCAUCAGGCCUUAUUACCACCAUCUCAACCAGCAAAAAUAUUUUACUCCUAAACUAUAUUUAAAUAGUAACUUUAAGGCCAAGAAAAAGUCCAUAAUCUGUGCAAGUAGUGUCACAAGAAACAGUUCUAAAAAAGUUUUGAAAAAAACAGGUGACAAAGAGACGGAAGUUAAAAAGUUACGCAUACUGAUCGCGGGUGGUGGGGUUGGUGGUCUUGUGUUGGCUCUUGCUGCGAAAAAAAGGGGGUUCGAGGUGGCGGUGUUUGAAAAAGAUUUGAGUACAGUGAGAGGCGAAGGAAUGCACCGGGGACCAAUUCAGCUGCUGAGCAGUGCGUUGGGUAUUUUGGUAGAUAUUGAUAAAGGCGUGGCUAACAAAAUUAUGGAGGCUGGUUGUGUUACCGGGAAUAGGAUCAAUGGCCUUGUUGAUGGCCUUUCUGGCAACUGGCUUGCCAAAUAUGAUAUCCUGUCCCCUGCAACUAAGAGAGGACUUCCAGUGACUCUAGUAAUUUGCAGAAUGGCUUUACAAGAAAUUUUAGUGAAUGCUGUUGGAGAUCACUUAGUGUUUAACAAUUCCAAAGUUGUUGAUUUCUCACAAGACGGUCAUAAGGUUGUGGUAACCCUGGACGAUGGCCGACUAUUUGAAGGUGAUAUCUUAGUUGGAGCUGAUGGAAUUUGGUCUGAGGUGCGUAAAAGGUUAUUCGGAGCACAAGAGGCAAACUAUUCAGGCUAUACGUGUUAUAGUGGACUAGCAGAAUAUAACCCCACAUACGUAAAUUCUAUUGGUUAUCGGGUGUUUCUGGGAUCAAAGCGGUACUUUGUUGCUUGUGAUGUAGGCAAUGGAAGAAUGCAAUGGUACGCCUUCCACAAGGAGGCUCCAAGAAGCAUUGAUGCUUCUACAGAGCGUGCAGGCAAAAAAGACAGGCUUUUGGAACUGUUUGGGUGCUGGUGUAAAGAUGUGACUACAUUGAUAGCUAAAACAAGAGAAGAAAUGAUUUUUCACAGAGAUAUAUAUGAUAGGGACAUGAUAUACUCAUGGGGGAUAGGGCGUGUUACACUUUUAGGAGAUGCUGCUCAUCCGAUGCAGCCUAAUCUUGGACAAGGUGGUUGCUUGGCUAUUGAGGAUUGUCACCAACUCAUUCUUGAACUGGAUAGCAUCAAGAAACAUGGGUCCGAUGCAACCAAAUCCAAUGAAAUCACUUCUGCACUCAAGAGAUACGAGCAGAAAAGGAUCUUAAGGACAAAGAUUGUGCAUGUAGUGACUCGUAUGGCAUCAAAAUCGCUUAGUCAUUACCAGCCUUUUGUAUACGUGUGGAAUCUUCGGCUGCCUCACAUGGUCUUCCAGAUAUGUCGACUUGUAUUGAUAUUAGUUUUGCCACACUUUAUGACCUGGUUGCUCACUGGGCAUUAUUGAUUAAAGUCUCGAAAGUGUAGGCUAGAUUAUGAUCUGUGCGUGAAGUAUAUAUGCCGAAACCAAGGCAAUUCUAGCUAGUAUCUGGUGACACAAUUGGCUACUAUUUUGUAUAUUCGAAUCAAAAGAUAUUUGGAUACUGAAAAUUUUCAAGGAAGUUAUUCCGAAAGUGUUUCAGUUACAGAAUACAUUACUAAUAUUGGACAGAAAUGAAAAUAUGUCUCUAUUUAGUGUUGAUUCUGUACUUGUAUAGCAUAAUCGAAAGAGUUACCUAUUCAAAUUGGUCACCCA